CAAAGGGAGCCUGUGUCAGGACGUCUGGUGGGUGGGCAACAUGGGCUUUGAGGAACUGCUGGAUGAGGUGGGUGGCUUUGGACCCUUCCAACUGCGGAAUCUGGCACUAAUGGCCCUGCCCCGAGUGAUACUACCCCUGCAUUUUCUCCUGCCUAUCUUCCUGGCUGCUGUGCCUGCCCACUACUGUGCCCUGCCUGGCACCCCUGACAACUUCAGUCACCAGGAGGCAUGGCUGGAGACCCACCUACCCCGGGAGCCCGAUGGCAGGUUUAGCUCCUGCCUCCGCUUUGCUCACCCCCAGACUCUCCCCAACACCACACUGGAGAGAGAGGCACCGAGUCCUGGGGAGCUGGAAGGAGAACCCUCAACCGUGCCCUGCUCUCAGGGCUGGGAAUACGACCGCUCAGAAUUCUCCUCCACCAUUGCAACUGAGUGGGAUCUGGUAUGUGAACGGAAAGGCCUGAACAGAGUUGCAUCCACCUUGUUCUUCAUUGGUGUGCUGAUGGGGGCUGUGGUCUUUGGAUACCUGUCUGACAGGUUUGGACGGCGCCAUCUACUGCUGGUGGCCUAUGUGAGUACCCUAGUGCUGGGCCUGACAUCUGCAGUCUCAGUCAACUAUGUCAUGUUUGCCAUCACCCGCACCCUCACUGGCUCAACCUUGGCUGGUUUCACCAUUAUUGUGUUGCCACUUGAGCUGGAGUGGCUGGAUGUGGAACACCGUGAAGUGGCCGGCAUCCUGAGCUCCACCUUCUGGACAGGAGGCGUGUUGCUGCUGGCUUUGGCUGGGUACCUGAUAAGGGACUGGCGAUGGCUCCUGAUGGCUGUUACUUUGCCUUGUAUCAUAGGCAUCCUCAGCAUCCGGUGGGUGCCUGAAUCUGCACGCUGGCUUCUGACUCAGGGCCGAGUGGAGGAGGCCCAAAGGUAUUUGCUCCACUGUGCCAGGCUCAAUGGGCGGCCUGUGGGUGAGGACAGCCUGAGCCAGGAGGCCCUGAACAAAGUGUCCACGGGGGAACAGGUGGUCCCAAGACCCUCCUACCUAGACCUAUUCCGAACGCCACAGAUCCGGCACAUCUCAUUGUGCUGCAUGGUGAUGUGGUUUUCAGUAAACUUCUCCUAUUAUGGCUUGAGCCUGGACUUGUCGGGGCUGAGGCUGAACGUGUACCAGACGCAGCUGCUGUUCGGGGCGGUGGAGCUGCCCUCCAAGCUGGUGGUCUAUCUGCUGGUGCGCCGUGCGGGGCGCCGGCUCACGCAGGCCGGAGCACUGCUGGGCACGGCCUUGACCUUCGGCAUCAGAUUGCUGGUGUCCUCGGAGACGAGUUCCUGGAGCACGGCCCUGGCGGUGAUAGGGAAAGGUUUCAGUGAAGCCGCCUUCACAACUGCCUACCUGUUCACUUCAGAAUUGUACCCUACAGUGCUCAGACCAACAGGUAUAGGGCUGACUGCACUGGUGGGCCGACUGGGGGGCUCUUUGGCCCCACUGGCAGCUUUGCUGGAUGGAGUAUGGCUGUCAUUGCCCAAGCUUGCUUAUGGGGGCAUUGCCCUGCUGGCUACCUGCACUACCUUCCUGCUGCCAGAGACGAGGCAAGCACAGCUGCCAGAGACCAUCCAGGAUGUGGAGAGAAAGAGACUUGCUAUAAUUCAUAGUGGCAUACUUGUGACUUUUAAGGCACUAUCAAGAACUUUGUUCCUAAAUGAAUUUUGAAAGAAAAAUCACUAAGUUCUGGUAAGUUUAUGAAAAAAAUCAGUCUUAAUUAUUUAUACUUUUAGGUUUUUAAAAACCUUUGUUACUCAUAACCCUUGUGCUUUCUCACUGCAUGCCCCCUCCAACUAGAAAACUUUGCAUUCUGUAGUUCAUAUUACUUAAAUUUUAAAAAGGGCUGGGGUUGUGGCUCAGUGGUAGAGUGAUUGCCUAGCACACGUGAGGCACUGGGUUCGAUCCUCAGCACCACAUUAAAAAAAAAAAAAGAUACUGUGUUCACCUAAAACUAAAAAAUAAAUAUUAAAAAAAAGAGGGUAGGAAUGUGUGGAUCAGUGAUAGAGUACUGGAUUCAAUCCCCAGUAGCAAAACCACCACAAAAAGACAAAACAGAAAGACACUGAAUUUGCUUUCUUAAAAAUCCCUUGGGCUGGGGUAGUGGCUCAGAGGUAGAGUGCUCACCUAUCAUGUGUGAGGCACUGGGUUCGAUCCUCAGCACCACAUAAAAGUAAAAUAAAAUAAAGAUAUUGUGUUCACCUACAACUAAAAAUAAAUAUUAAAAAACCCCAUCCCUCCAUCUGUAGAGAACUACUGUUGUAUAAUCACACAUCAUCUAUGGCUCUUGCAAGAAUCUGUUGGAUUUUUUCCUUGUUUUCCAGCAUCAUCUUGCCAUUACAUGAACCUUUGAGAGAACUCUGUAUAUAGUUACAGAGUUAGCUGCUUGGGACUAUUGAGUGGGAUAUAUUUUGUGAUUAGUGGCAUUGACUGGAAUAAUUAUGAAUUAAUCCUUUAGGAAAGGACCUUCUAAACCCUUUGCCUUGAGGCUUUCAACCUAUGCUUGUGAAGAAAUCAAACGCUUUUAAAUGUUGGUUUUCCAAACAAAGAUAGAUUUGAUUUCUCAAGUAUUACUUGGAAUGUGUACUUAAUCUGAGAGUAUAUAAAAGUAACUAUGUCCAAAUAAUUUGCAGCAUAAAAAUGUAUGCAUAUUCUAAUAAAAAAUAUAUUCAUAUCCUGGAAA